AUGUCGUACAAUCAACCUUGUGACACGUUCUUCGUGGAGGAUAAUACUUUCCAACAACAGCAGCAACAGCAACCUCGACCAAACUCUCAAGAAUAUAUCAAGAUGAUGGGUCGACGGAGGCAGGAAGCCAUGGCCAAUGAAUUAUCUAGACAAGCUUGCGAUGCUUAUAUGGAUGAUAUCAUUGAUCACAUGGCAUCGAUGGAGGAUGCGACUAUGCCAGACGUUGCCUCGAUAGAAAUUCAACAGGAGAUUCAAUGGUUCAUGAGGCCUUAUCUCAUCGACUUCCUUAUUGAAGCUCACUCUGCAUUUCAACUUCUUCCGGAAACUCUUCACCUCGCUGUUAACCUUCUCGAUAGAUAUUGCUCGCGACGUGUUGUCUACAAGAGACAUUAUCAAUUGGUUGGAUGUGCUGCACUUCUCAUCGCUGCCAAGUAUGGAGACAAGAAGGAACGCGUCCCCAUGAUCAGAGAACUAAAGUCGAUGUGCUGCUCGUUAUACGACGAGGAGAUGUUCACACAAAUGGAAUGGCACGUCUUGAACACCUUGGAAUGGAUGAUUGGUCACCCUACCGUUGAUAGCUGGUUGCAAUUGGCCUUGUUGGAAGGACCUGAAUAUGAAGACAUGACCGUCGAGCACAUGUCAUGGUACAUCUGUGAAAUGGCUUUAUAUCACAAAGAAUUCGUCUCAGUCAAACCUUCAGCAAUGGCUCGUGCAUCUUUAGCACUUUCGAGAGAUAUCCUUGGAUGCCCCGAGAUGGAUACCUAUGGACAGGUCGAUUCGGAAUUGAUGCUCAGUCUUUCUCGACAACUCAACCAACCAUCUUCCGUCCUUGCGAGGAAAUAUGCUGCCCCACACCUGUCUAGAGUCUCUGAAGUGCUUCGACGAUUCCUUCUCCAACAAGCAGCUAUGAGCCAAUGCCAUGUCACCCCACCAACUCCACCUGCUGAACCAACCACUAACCAGAAGCCAAUGCAACAACACGAUGUGUAUAGCACCCCACAGAAGGUGUAUGGACAACAUGUCAUCAAUGGUUACCUCACGCCACCAAUCACCCCAGAAGGAGAAUAUUUUGGUACAGGGAAUGGAAAUGAAAUUAAACCGUAUCAAACUUCAGCACCUAGAUGUCCGAUCACCCCAACUCCUCAAGCUCAGAUGCAAUAUAAUCAAUCACAACAAUAUCAGCAACAACCAUAUCAACAAGAUGUCGUCAUGCAAUAA